AGCACAAGAAAGUGGUGGAAUAAUGAACAUUUCUACUUGUUUUAGUGAAAAUUUAAGAUUUAAAUCUACAUUAAUUUAUUAGUGGCCACCUCGGGGCAGCGCAAAAAGCUGUUAAUACAGCAUAUUAUUAUUAUUAUCACAUACUGUAUUUCCAUAUUAUAUACAUAUAUUAUCACAUACAUGUUAAAGUUGAUUGGACAAACGUGUUACAGUUGCCUAUUUACACAUCCCGCAGACACAGAGCACCAUUUGUAUGAAUUGUGGGUUGUGUUUCUGGCCGCUUGAAGAAUGUUAGCCCAGUCAUUUUUGCUGCUUUGGCUCAGACCAACUCCUGAGGUAAAUAUCUGGAACUACAGACCUGGGGGAUAAUUCUCUGUGGGUUCUUUACUACAAGCAACACCUUUUACAUGUAGCUUUUGGAUCCAUUGUAAAUAUAAAAAUAUUGAUUAGUGCAGCUUUAAAGAAUGUGAUACACUAGUAAGGAAAGAUGUUUUCUGCAGUGGGCAUAUAAAACAAAUAUGAAAUACAAACAUGAAAAUGGAUGCAGAUAAAGGAUAUCUGUUGGAAUAAUAUUACUGAACACUUGACAGAGCUUGUGCUCUGUUUGGUGCAGAUUCGCAGAUGAACACAAUCUACAUUAUUUGUGAUAAACUUCUGAUAAUUUUCAACAAGCAUUUCCAAUGUUAGAGUCUCAUUCUGCCAUUUAAAUCUAUUUCUUUUAUAUUUACUGCUGCUUUUUUUUAAAAAUGUAAUGGCAUGUGCUCAGAUGUCCUAAUUAGUCCAAAUGAGUCAUGAAAUACUGUCUUGACAAACAAACAAGCACAACAACAAUAAUCUUGAAUUUUAGGGGAAAAAAUGCACAAAUGAUUCAUGAUUUAACACCAUUGUUUGUGUGGGUGGAGGUCAUUUCUGAUCUGUGCUUCAAAAACCUGUCCAACAAGACAUUAAUCAGCCAUAAUUUUCAUGACUAAUACACUCAAUACACUUACAGCAGCCAAUGGGAGAAGAGGGAGGACAUCAAAAGAGGGGACAAGAAGAGGCAAAGGAUGGAUCACAAGAGGUUGCAGAGUGUUUAUCGAGUGGUGGAACAGGCAGUCAGAGUCAACAUGGUCAUAUCCCAGGAGCGGACAGCGUGUCUGGGGCUCUGGGUGCUCCUUUUGCUUGGUGCAGGCAUGGAGGAAGUUGUGGAGGGAUGUAGCUGCCACCCAGCACACCCACAGCAGCUAUUCUGCAGUGCUGAGAUCGUGAUAAGAGCAAAGAUCUCUGGAGAGAAGAUUGUGUCGCCUAGCAACAGCUCCUCACCUUACAUGAAGAUGAUCCAAUAUGAAAUCAAAAUGAUCAAGAUGUUCAAAGGUUUUGACAAGGCCAAGGACAUCCAGUAUGUGUACACUCCAGUCUUCUCCUCACUGUGUGGAGUGAAACUGGACUCCAACAAUAAAGCAGGGUAUCUGCUCUCAGGAAGCAUGUGGAGUGAUGGGAGAAUUUCUAUUGGCCAAUGUGACCUAGUAGAGUCCUGGGACAACUUAUCACUGUCACAAAAGAAGAAUCUCAACUACAGAUACCAGAUGGGCUGUGAAUGCAGAAUCAACACCUGUUACACAGUGCCGUGUGCGUCUACAGGAGAAAACGAGUGCUUGUGGACUGACUGGCUGCUGGAUAACAGCCUAAAUGGGGAGCAGGCUCGGCAGUACGCCUGUAUCCGCCGCUCUGACACAACCUGUAGCUGGUACCGGGGUGGACCUCCACCCGAGAAAGACUUCCUGGACAUGACUGACCCUUGACCCUGUAAUUCUGACAUUCAUUUUACUCCAUUUCACUCCUGCAAAGUCCCAAGAAACAUUUUGUGCUUUUGCUUAUAUAGAUCAAAUUUGGCAUGCAAAGUAGCAACUGAUUUGAAAAUUGGCUGAUUUUCUUUUUACAUUCGAGGGAGCUUAACCCAACUUUGAGCUUCUGUUAGCAAAGUUCAGGUGGUUGCUACAGCAAUGCUAGGAUCAUUUUUAUAAACUGCAGGGCCUUUCAGUAUUCCUCUGACUCAUUUUCUCACUUUCACACAUUCCACUUGCUGUUUUCCACAGAAUAAGAAUAUCAACAGACUAUCCUCUGCAAAUAAUUCAUCUGAGUGAAUAUUUUCUUCAUUUCUGAUGGUAAAUGCAUAACCUUGACAAAUACUGAAGACCUCAUAUUUGUUGAUGUUACUAUAGGUUAUAUAGUCAUUUUGCAUUAUUUUCUAAAAUAAGAAUAAGGAAGUUGGAAAUUUAUUGUAAAAUAACAGGAGGAAAAAAAUAGCAAAAGUGUACUUUACAUCCUGUAAACAAAUCUUCUGUACGUUAAAUUCUUGCAAGUAGACUGCAGCACUGCCACCAUUCUCCCUCAGACACAUCCAUUUUGGUGUUGAAUUUUUACCUUUAUGUAUUAUUGAAUAACUGUCCCAUGUGAAUGAAAAUGUGGUGUGUAUAUAUAGAACAAGGCAAAACCAGACAUUCCACAAUUAAUUAUAUUUUGACAAAAUCUGACACUUUAAUUAUACAUGACCAUAAUUCUUGUACAUCUAAAUCAUCAGUUUAUAAUCUCAAAUUGCUGAGAAUGUAAAUAUUGUACUUCAGUAAGAAUUAACAUUUUAAAGGCUAACCUGAUCUUGUGUUAUAGCAUAGGAAUUGUUAUCUUGUGGUUUUGUGUGUUUAGUUUCCUUGGUUGAACGCUGUACUAUUUUAUGUGCCAAAAAUCUAAUCCAGCGCUUUAACAACAGCACUGCCACCUGUAGACGCCAAGCCACCUCUCCUUAGAGGAAACGAUGUAACAGGACAAGGUUCAAUUCACUCCCUAAAAACAGGAAGUGAAUUUUUCUCAAUGCUCAAGUUCAAGAAAAGAUAGUAAAACUUUGGCACAAGACAUUAACCAGCAAAAGGAGCAAUAACUGAUAUUCAAGAAAGAGCUAUAAUUAGUGAUUUAAUUGUUGUUUUAUAGGCAUUUUUUGAUAUAAUGACUCAACAUUUCUUAAAAGUCCCAAAUCUGGAUUGACCCCUGUCUUGUUACUGGACUACUUCACUGAAGCCAUACAGAUUCAAAUGCGACAUUGCUUGCUAUCUUCAUGCAUGAGCCACUAUUUAAACAUCAUAUUAAAGGUCACACUCAACAACACAAAAUGUUAAUUUAACCUGCACAUUGCAGUAAUUUGAAAUGUUUUAAUACUAUUUUGAAAGAUGUUAAUUAUUAAAUUUUGACUUUCAUGACUGAUAGGAUAAUAAUGCAUAAUAACUGUAUGGCUCUAGUGAAGAGUUAUCAAACAAUUUCACAUUUGUUUUAUACUGAAAGAAUUGUUUGGGAUUGUAUUUAUGUCUCUGUUUCUGUCUAAAUAGAGUUUUAUAUUUCCAUGUACCAAAAAAGAUUGUAUAUAAAAUGUCUCAAUGGGA